UUGCGUUGCUUCUUCAUUGAGUCCGUGUGUGACGAUGAACGUAUUAUCGAUAGCAACAUUACGGACGUGAAGGUGAAUUCACCUGACUACAAGGGAUUGAUGUCUGCUGAACAAGCGAAGGAGGAUUUCUUGAAGCGAAUUGAAAACUAUAAGCAACAGUAUCAACCAAUAGAUGAGGUGGAGGAUGAAGCGCUCAGUUUCAUAAAGGUCAUCAAUGCCGGUCGAUCGUUUUUUGUACAUAAUGUCCAAGGUCAUGUUCAAAGUCGUGUUGUUUACUUUCUUGAUGAACAUGUCAUCUUCCUGCAGCGAAGUAUUUUCCUCACAGCACGGUCCAAAGCGAGCGGAGUUACAAACGCGUGGGACGCCUUGCGUGGUGAUCCCCUGUUAACUGCCCGAAGAGUUGAAAAGUUGCCGAGCGUUGAGGUCGAUUUUACGAGAAAGCAGAAAUUUUCCGAUCUCCGAAUCUGGGGGUGGUGUGUGUGUGUGUGUUCUCAAAAGGUACCCGCAAGCAUGAAUUUCGAACAUUCCAUGUUUUGUUUCCCGAGCAAAAUCACAUUCUCCCGCUUACAUUUUCAUUUGAUGGGGUAUGUUUUAAUGAAGUAUAUUUUCUGCGAAUUUGAGGUCCGUGCUGCACAAACAGCACAAAAAUUGAAGUCUGCAUAUCACACUGAAUAUUGGAAAGCAUUGGAUGAAAUUGAUGCUGGUAUAUGCGAGGGACUCACCUACGACGACAUACAGAUG